CUACCUAUAGCUGGGAAUCCCGCAUCAUUUAUAUUUAUUAUUUACCAAUUUAUAUGUUGUAUCUUAAUUUUUCAUAACGAUAUAUAUUUUAUCAUGUAACAAUACAGGUUACUGGGUUAGUUGGUUUAGUGUCGUUUGUGGUAAAACAACUUUUUUUAAAUUUUAAGCUGAAAAAAUAGUUUUUAAAAUGCUAGUUAAAGAAUUUUAUAAAUUUAUUUUAACUGAAGAAUCUACUGUCAAACACCUGCAAGACUAUGGCCUACUACCUUGUGCAAAACAAUGUCACAAAUGUAGCAGUGAAGUAAAACUUUACCAAAGAAAUAACCGAGUAAAAGUAAGAGAAGUUUUCCGGUGUAAAAAAAAGGUUGCCAAACCACCCAAUCAUUAUACGUAAUAAUAAUUCAUUUUUUACUUACGUGGACGCAAAUGAUCGACACAAUAGUGGAUUAAGUCUCAGUAAAAUUAUGGAGAUUGUGUAUUUCUGGGUUAUGGACAAUCAACUAGUUAAAAUAAGAAGAUUUACGGGGAGAUCCAAAAAUACUAUUUGUGACUGGAUGAAUCUCUGUAGAGACAUUCAUGUACGUCUAUUUAACCAAAUUCAACCUUUUGGGGGUCCUGGUCAGAUCGUUCAAAUCGACGAAUGUCUGUUGCGGGGCGCACGGAAAAAUAAUAAAGGACGCUUUCGACUUGCCGAUUUAAAAGCUGCAGUUAUACCUAGACAAGAACAUGAAGAAGACACCAAUCGCAAUUAUGGUCGGAGAAUUGGUGGACCGUGGGUAGUCGGAUUAUGCUGUGUUUUGGAAAGUGGUUUAAUUAAUGCAAGAUUUUUUGUUGUUGAAAAAAUAGACAAAGAAACAUUACAUCAAAUAAUUAAAAAUGAGGUAUUACCUGGUACAACAGUUCAUUCUGAUUCCUGGCUUGGAUAUAAAGGUUUAUCUGAAAAGGGCUAUGUACAUGGAACAGUUAACUAUUCAAAGAAUUUUGUGGACCCGGAAACUGGUGCCAAUACACAAAGAAUUGAAAGUCUUUGGAGGUCUCAUACACUCAAAAUCGUUAAGAAAAUGUGCGGUACUAAUGAAGACCUCUAUUAGAGGGGUACUUAGCCGAGUAUUGGUGGCGAGGAUUAAAUAAAACUGAUAAUAUUUUUGAUAUUCCCUUAGAGAAAUAAAAUUAUGCUUUGUGGAUAAUUCUAUGGAUCCUUAAUAAAAUAGAAUUUUUUUAUUUAUACUUUUAAUACCUAUUUGGAAAAUGUUUUUUUAUUAAUGUGUUUUUAGUGUAAAUUAUAGUAUAACAAUUAUAAAUGAAUUUCUUACUAAAUUAAAUUUUUUUUUUAUACUUUUAAUAUUAUUACGGUAGACCACGCCCAU